CCCAGCUGGGCGCGGGCGCGGGCUCGUCUGGGUCGUGGCGGCCGGAGUUCCAGCUGCUCCUGCUCCCGGUCCAUCCGCUUGUCGGAGCCAUGGCGGAGCCGGGCUCGGUGCCGCCCCACCUGUUGCUGCCCCCGGGGCUGCUGGAGCUGUGCGCGCUGCUGGGAGCCCCCCGGGAGAGCCUCCGCGAUGUGGAGCAGGUUGCCCAGAAGAAGGGAAUGAAAAAACUUCUUCCUCUUGAGCCUGAGGUUCUUUCUGUUUUUGUGCCUCCGUUCAUCAGUAAAGAGGACAGUUCAACAGCUAGUGCCAGUUGUAGUAAUCUGAAUAAAACAAGAAGACGAUCCUUCAGGAAAAAAAGAGACAGGCUCAGAACUGAGAACUGGAAGAGCCCUCAUGGAGAUCAGAAAGUACCUGACGUGGAAGAUGUUAGUAUUCCAAAUGGGGUUGAUCUGAGUGCUUUGCCACAGCUAUGCUUUCCAGGGGGCCUCUGUGUAGCUCCUGAACCCAAGGAAGACCGGGUGCAUUUUCUGGUCCUUACUGAUGUUUGUGGGAACAGAACGUAUGGUGUGGUAGCACAAUACUACAGACCUGCACAAGAUGAACACUGUUUCUACAAUGGCAAAACACGCUUCGAAAUACCUGGGCAGACCACACAUGCCAUUAGCUGCUUUGUGCCUUUUGCUAUUUGUCUUAUAUCUAGAUAUCCAUAUUAUAAUGCCCUCAGAGAUUGUCUUUCCUGUUUAUUGGCACAACUGAAACUUUGUAAGGAUUUUGAUGUUGAUGAGCGAAUAAAAGAUUUUGCUGCAAAAUUGUCUUUAAUCCCCAGUCCUCCACCUGGACCGCUCCAUCUGGUAUUUAACAUGAAGCCACUACAAGUAGUGUUUCCUUCACGUGCAGAUCCUGACAGUCCCAUUAUAGACCUAGACCUUCAUCUUCCCUUACUGUGCUUCAAACCUGAGAAGGUGUUACAGAUCAUAACCUGCAUUUUAACUGAACAGCGGAUUGUCUUCUUCUCUUCGGACUGGGCUCUACUCACACUCAUUGCUGAGUGCUUUAUGCUGUACCUUCACCCUAUUCAGUGGCAGCACACCUUUGUACCCAUCCUUUCUGGUCAGAUGCUAGACUUUGUAAUGGCGCCUACAUCUUUCCUUAUGGGUUGUCAUCUUGAUCACUUUGAAGAAGUUAGCAAGGAAGCAGAUGGCUUAAUCCUAAUAAAUAUUGACAGUGGAAACAUUACCUAUUCCAAAUCCUUGGAUGAUGAUAACAACGAUAUUGAUAUUCCAGACAUCCCUUUACAAGCUGCCCAGACAUUCAUUCAAAGGGUAGAAGGCCUUCAGUUGCACUAUGAUCUAGAACUCUCUCAUCUAAUGGCCAGCACAGAUUUAGGUGAGGUCCAAGCACGUAGAAGGGCAUGGCAACAAAAACAGAAUUCUGAAAUGCAGCAAAUUACUUUACAAUUAAUUGUCAACAUCUUCAGAGAAGUAAAAAACCAUCUAAAUUAUGAACACAGAGUGUUCAAUAGUGAAGAAUUUCUCAAAACGAGAGCACCAGGGGAUCAACCAUUUUAUAAAAAGGUAUUAGAGACCUACAUAUUUCAUUCUUUUCUUAAAGCUCGUCUUAACAGAAGAAUGGAUGCAUUUGCUCAGAUGGAACUUAGCACUGAGUCUGAAGAAGACAGAAUGAGUAUCAUGCUUGUAAGCCCAAGAAGACCAACAAUUGAGAAAAUGGCUUCUCGAAGAUUUUCCCCUCAGCACAUAGCUAAAAGACGAAUGGUAAUGAGCAUGCCAAAUCUACAAGACAUAAAAAUACCUGAAUUACCCCCAAGGAAUUCGUCACUUCGGAAACUAGAAACUGUGAAUAGUUGUAAAGGCAAUAAUACAGUUCCAAAGCUGACCUCCAAAUCAGUGUACACAUUCAAGAUACCAGAAAUACAUUUUCCACUGGUGAGUCAGUGCGUUUAUUCCUAUUAUGCUGAUUUUAUCAACCUUCUGAGCAAGGCGAUCAAUUUCCCACCAUCUGAUAACUCUGUGCUGCUAGCAAGGUAUCUCUACCUUCGAGGACUCAUUAAUUUAAUGCAAGGGAAACUCCUGGGUGCACUUUCAGAUUUUCAGAGUCUGUACAGAACGGACAUAAGUAUUUUUCCUGCUGAUCUUGUAAAUAGAAUGGUGGCGUCAAUGUCGUCUUCUGAACGUUCCCAAGCUGAACGGCAGCCCGAGCUCAAAAGACUUAUUAGUGAAAUAAUGGAAAAACCAAGAGAAGUCACCAAGGUAGAUGAUCAUGUGAAAAAUUUUGAGUUACCAAAGAAGCACAUGCAUCUGGAUGAUUUUGUGAAGAGAAUUCAGGAAUCAGGAAUUGUGAAGGAUAUCAAAAUAAUCCACCGGUUGUUUGAAGCAUUGACUGUAGGGCACCAGAAGCAAAUUGACCCUGAAACAUUCAGAGAUUUCUACAACUACUGGAAAGAGACAGAGGCAGAGGCCCAAGAAGUCAGUCUUCCGCCUGAGGUCAUCGAACACCUAGAUAAAAAUGAGUGUGUCUACAAACUGUCAAGCUCGGUGAAAACGAGCUUUGGAGUGGGGAAGAUAGCGAUGACGCAGAAACGCCUGUUCCUCCUUGCAGAAGGAAGGCCCGGUUAUGUGGAGAUCUCCACCUUCAGAAGUAUAGAGGAAGUGAAAAGUACAACUGUAGCCUUUCUGGUUCUGAGGAUACCCACUCUGAAAAUUAAAACUGUUUCCAGAAAGGAAGUCUUUGAGGCUAAUCUCAAAACAGAGUGUGACCUUUGGCACCUGAUGGUGAAGGAGAUGUGGGCCGGAAAGAAAAUGGCUGAUGAUUAUAAGGAUCCCCAGUAUAUCCAGCAAGCACUGACCAAUGUUCUGCUAAUGGAUGCUGUGGUUGGUGCGCUUCAGUCACCAAAUGCCAUUUAUGCUGCCUCCAAAUUAUCUUAUUUUGAUAAGAUGAAGACUGAAAUGCCUAUGUCAGUUCCAAAAACAACUUCAGAAACACUGAAGCAUAAAAUAAAUCCCUCCUUAGGAGAAACUUGCCCACAGGCCAUAGAUAUCUUGUUAUACACACCAGGACAUCUUGAUCCAGCAGAAAAGAUUGAAGAUGCUCGUCCCAAACUGUGGUGUGCUUUAAGUGAAGGCAAAGUGAUUGUGUUUGAUGCAUCCUCCUGGACAAUCCAUCAGCAGUCCUUUAAAGUAGGCACUGCUAAGUUGAAUUGCAUGCUGAUGGCAGAACAGAAUCAAGUUUGGAUCGGCUCUCAGGACUCCAUGAUUUACAUUAUUAACAUUCAUAGUAUGUCCUGUAACAAGCAACUCACUGAUCAUCGUUCUAGCAUCAUGGAUUUAAUUGUAGAAGAUGGAAAUAAAGAAGCUAGCAGCAGUGAAGUCUAUUCAUGCAGUUUGGAUGGAGUAAUCAUUGCUUGGAAUGUCAGUACCCUGAAAGUGAAUAGGAAAUUUCACCUGCCAUGCCAAACUCUAACUUCCAUUAAGCUUCAUAAUGGCCGCCUUUGGUGCUGUAUAGGCCCUAGCAUUAUGGUCGUGACAACAAACGGAUUUCUUCGACAAGAACUGAAAAUUGAUGAGCUCUUUAAGGGAAUAUUUGCUUCUUUCCUCUGUUUCCAGCUGGUUCCUGAGCAAGACCAGGUCUGGACAGCAUGUGCUGGACACAGAGACAUAUAUGUCUGGAACAUAAAGGACUUCUCAAGGCCGCCUCAUAGAAUUCAGCUUCAAGACUGUUCAGAGAUCAGCUGUAUGAUCAAAGUAAAGAACCAGAUCUGGGUUGGCAGCAAAGGACUGUCCCAGGGAAAAUACAAGGGGAAAAUCUAUGUGAUUGAUGCUGAUAAGAAAAUUGUGGAGAAGGAGCUGGUGGCCCACGCUGACACGGUGAAGGCUUUGUGUUCAGCAGAGGACCGAUAUGUGCUGAGUGGUUCAGGCAAAGAGGAAGGAAAGAUUGCUAUUUGGAAAGUUGAAUAAUUUUUUAGCACUUUAAAAUGUGUUUCCCAUGAACUAUCACUAUGAUGGCCAGAAAAUAGGACCAUUGGGAGUGAUAUUAAAUAAAUGUAUGCCUUUGCUGUUACCAUACAGUCAUCACUUUUUUUAAAGUCGAAGAAACCUUGGAAGUCCUUCUGACCAAUGCAUUCAUUUUGUCAAAGCUCAGAAAAGGGAACUUACUUAUUUAAGGUGCCAAAACUGUCACUAAACUCCACCAUGAUGUUUUUAUAGUCAUGUUGCCAAGACAAUCGCAACGUUUGUCAGGCUAAGUUACGCUCUGGUCCUUUAUCUAGAGCAGAAAGUGGGCUCAGACGUAACUAUGAAUAUGAGGGAAUGUCAACAUUAGGCAGCCAAACCCUGCUUACCUAGAAUCCCCCAGAUUAAAGCCAUUAAAUCCGAGAUUAUCCCUGCAGGGAAUUCUUGGCUGUGCUUGAAAACCCCAGUAACAAUGGUGCUGUGACUUGUAAAAGCAAAUUGGAAACCUUUCUGACCAAAUGGGAUAGAGAUUCCUGGGUGUUUGCGUGACACCAUUCGCCUUGUCAUUGGGCACGCCAUGGGGCCACCUGCAUGACCACAGGUUUGUGAUUAAAUGUUCUGUAUUUUUAUUUUGGUUUUUCAGGUGCAUUUUUCACGCACUCUUAUUUUCAUCAUUAAAACUUCCAUCAUGACCAAUGUAUGUGACCAGGCUCAGGACUCUUCUGUAUUGACAGCAGAGUGAUGACUGAUCUGGCCACCUGUGGCCAAUGCCUGGGCUUUUUUCUUAGUGACUCAUGUAAUGAAGAAACUUUCAUAAAUAUUUUUAAAUAUCUCUACUUGUUACUUGAACAACGAGAUUCUUAAGUAAGGAUAGCACUUAAAAAAGCACACACCACAAAAUGUACUUUUAAAGUAUUAUAUAGCCAUCUGGUUGGUUGUUAACCUUACCUCCAUAGAAGCUGCCUACCAGGUAUACAGGGAUAACUUCAGGGUUUUUUCUAUGCUUACUUACAUAUGUAUAUGGUGCUGCAUUAUUUAAAUUAGAGAGAAAAAAGUUCUGGGAAAUUUCAUAUAAAUAUUUAAAAUAUUUGUGUUUCAGUAGUACAGUUAUCUGUGUUUUCAUCAGUGUGAGUGCUCCAUUCAUACAAACUGAAAUUCCUCUGUUCUUUAGUAGGCAGUUUCAUAAGUUCCUAUAAAUUUCCCCUCCCUAACCCCAGCCAAAAAAAAAAAAA